AUGGCGUCACAUAAUUACCCUCGUCCUCGUCCUAGACCAGCUCAUACAAGAGGUGCAACUUAUCUUUCAUAUACGCCCGAUGGAACUAAGUUAAUUUCGGUGGGAUCAAAUAAUACUACUCGAGUGUAUAAGACUGGCUUUGAUGGAGAACCUACCAACAUUGAUGAUUGCCCGGAGCAAAACACCGGAGUUAAAUCUACUAAUGACUUCUUCGUUAUUGGUUCCGAAGAUGGUAAUAUCAGCAGGUUUUCUCUUCAAUCGAUGUCUUACGAGAAAUACCUUACAAGAUGCUCCCUACCUAUCAGGGAUCUGGCUCUUACUCCAGACGGGAAGUGGUGUGCAGUCGCAAGUGAUGAACUUGCCGUCAAGAUUGUCGAUACAGAGGAUUGUAAACAAGUUAUGACUCUCCGGGAACAGCCUAAGCCUAUCAAGCACUUAUCAUUUGAUCCCAACGGCAGUUACAUUUCCUUGUCAUGCACCGAUGGCGUAAUUUAUGUCUACUCUCUUCUGGACAAGGCAUCGGAAUUGGUGAGGAAGAUUGACGGCCUAAUCAGAGCUGUCGAAACAGAUGAUGAAAUCUGGACUGGUGUGGUGUGGCACCCAGACGGUAGGGCUUUUGCCGCUCCUACUGCUACCAGAGAUAUACAGGUUGUAUCUGUUGCAGACUGGGAAUUUCAGAGAAAAUUCGCAGAUGGACAUGACGCUGACAUACUGGCCAUGGCAUGGUCCCCAAACGGGUCUAUGCUUGUAUCUACUGGCAAAGACAAGAAAAUUCAACUCUGGGAGACCAAAACGCAAAAGAUUAUCACCACGUACGAUUAUGCUAACGUCAUGGACCUGGCGUGGCACCCCUCACGAAAUCUAUUUUCAUUUUCCAAUACUGAGGGGGAAGUUUAUAUCUACAAUAACUUUGUCCCUGGUGAAUACUCUAACCUACUAGAAUUGCCGCUUCAGCCUGCACCUUUUUAUCAUGACCCCCUUCAUAGCCAGAGCAAUUUGCCUAUUCGAAGUACUCGAAGGCAAUCUCAAGAUAGUCUCGACGACAUUCUCGGCCCCGAGCUUAUAGAUGACGAGGAUGACUUUGUUGUUGAUGAUGAUGGUGCCGGAUAUGCUCUCGGUAGAAAUCAAAAUGGAAAAAGAAUACAUGCUGAAUUGGAAAACUUCGAGAGUGACUCAAAGCGCCUCCAUCAGUCAUGGGAGCCAAAAAUUCACAAGUCAUUUCAACCUGGCUCGACACCUUGGCGAGGUAAUAGAAAAUACCUCUGCCUGAAUUUAAUUGGCUUCGUUUGGACUGUGGACCAGGAUACUCAUAAUACUAUAACAGUGGAGUUUUAUGAUCAUGAAUACUAUCGCGAUUUUCACUUUACAGACACAUUCUUAUAUGACAAGGCUUGCCUGAAUGAGCAUGGUGCACUCUUCUCUUGUCCUUCCCAAAAUGAAACUUCGGCAGUUAUUUUCUAUCGGCCUCAUGAAACAUGGACGGCUCGAACAGAUUGGCGUACCGAGGUUCCUCUAGGAGAAAAUAUAACAGCUAUCUCAAUGAGUGAUUCAUUUGUUACCGUCAUUACCACGGCCAACUACAUCCGAAUCUAUACCUUAUUUGGUGUUCCACUCCGAGUGUAUAGGCUAAAAAGUAGUCCAGUAGUUACAUGCGUCAGCUGGCGUAACUACGUCCUAACUCUAGGAAACGGACCUAUAGGCGCUGACGGUCACGCCAAGCUUCUCUAUUCAAUUCAAAAUAUCAAACGAGAUGAGAUCUGCCAAAAUGAGGAUACAGUCGCUCUCCCACAUGGUGCAACUUUGAAAACAGUUUUCUUUUCUGAUAAUGGUGAUCCUUUUAUCUACGAUUCAACGAGCACACUUCUUACAUUGCUUCAUUGGCGUAUUCCUGCUCAAGCUCAGUGGGUUCCGGUCCUUGAUACUCGGCUUCUCUCACGGCUAGCAUCAGGUCGAAAAUUGGAGACUUACUUUGCUGUUGCUGUCUCUGAGAAUAAGUUUCACUGCAUUAUCCUUAAAGGAGGAGACCAAUACCCAUAUUUUCCAAGGCCUCUCCUUUCGGAAUUCGAGUUUGAGGUGCCUCUAUUACAACAACCAUCAGACGGCGGGAAAAUAGAUAGCGAUCACGAUAUAAUGAAGAAGCUCGAACUUGACCUUGUUCUCCAUAACAUACUCAAAGCUCAGCAACAAGAUCUAAUCGAGAACACUCAAAGUUCUGUUGAGGAGAGAGCUCGAUUACAAAAAACCCUAGUAGAAAUAGACAAGACACUACUAAAGAUGAUUAAUAUAGAGUGUCGGGAGAGUGAAGAGAGAGGCAUGCGCGCACUCGAAAUGGUAAAACUAAUACAGGAUAAGUCGGGGAGGAUGAUUGAAGCUGCUAUCAAGAUUGCCGAGAGAUAUGAUAGAGCUGUGCUCAUCGAGAAGAUUAGUGAAAUCGGUGAGUCAUUACUAGUACAAAAUGCAACUGAAGAUAUCUAG